GCAUCGUGGAACGCAAACAGGAAGUGUCUGAACGGAAGUGCAGGAAGUACUUCCGGGUAACUGAAUGGCUGCGCUGGGUCAGAAGAGAGAGGGAGAUUGCGGCUCCGGCCUCAUCUAUCCGUCUAUAGGGUUGGCAAAGUAAGGACGAGAAAUGCCUCUAAGCUUAUUUCCUAAGGAUGGGCAAGAACACUGACAAAGUGACUGAUAAUAUAUUCUUUAUCACCCAGAAGACCAUCUACCUGCUGACUGGAGAGAAGAUGGAGCCUUCCGUAGGACCUGAGGAUCAGUACAUAAAUGGCCGCCAUCCAGCCAUAUCACUUGAUUUGGCUGCAGAGAGGGAUACAGCUGAGAGCAAUAACAGAAGCAUUUCAUCAGAGGACUAUAAAAAGGAAGAAACCAGCGUUAUUCCCUGUAAUCAAGGAAGAUUUGUCCAUAAUCUAAGCCCAGAACCCAUUUUACACAUGAAAUCUGAUCUGAAAGAGAACGGUGUCUCGCCCUUACCCACACAAAUAACGCUUACGCAAAUUAAGGAGGAAUGGGUGUCGUGUGAAGAAGAAGAAGAUACAAAGGACAGCAAUAUUUAUUUGCCAGUAAAGAGCACCCAGCACGUUGAGGAGUCAUGUGAAGAAGGAAAGCUCACACUCACAGAUCACACACAACAUCCGUCUGUCUCAUGCGAGAGAGGCAAUCUGACCGACACACAAUAUACAUCUAUUCAUAUCAAGGAGGAAUCGCUCUCAUGUGAUGAAGCAAAUGUGACUGUUACCGAGAUGUAUACACCCAAAGAUCAUACACACUAUAUAUCUCACACCCAUGAGGACUCCGACGCACAUGAGAGACCCCAGCCGACACAGUACGCGUCAUACACGAAGGAUGAAUCGGAUUCCUACGAAGAAGAAAAUCUCACAGACACUGAAGUGCAUACCCCUACUGACUACAUCCCCGUCAUCAUUAAGGAGGAGUCUCUCUCAUGUGACGAAGACAACCUCACAGACACAGACUUUUAUAAACCCACAGAAGAUAGUGACCCAGAUUACACCUUUCCUGGAGCUACAGAGUAUCCAUGCCCCCAGUGUGCAAAGUGCUGCAAUACGCCCCUGGAACUGGCCAGACACAAGCGCUUCCACCUGCAGAGGAAAACAUUUCCCUGCUCCAUCUGCGAUAAAACUUUUAGCAGUAAAUCGGAUUUGGCUAGACAUGAGCGAAUUCACACCGGGGAGAAGCCCUUCCUAUGCUACGAGUGUGGGAAAUGUUUUAGUAAAAAAUCUGAUGUUAUUAGACACGAGAAAAUUCACACCGGGGAGAAGCCGUUCACCUGUUCUGAGUGUGGAAAGUGUUUUAGUCGGGACUCGCAUCUUAUUCGACAUCAAAGGAUUCACACAGCAGAGAAAGCAUUUACCUGCUCAGAGUGCGGGAAGAUCUUUACGCGGGAAACUCAGCUUGUCCGCCACCUGAGAGUUCACACCGGAGAGAAACCGUUCUCCUGUUCCGAGUGCGGAAAAUGUUUCCGCAAGAAAUCUGACGUGGUCCGACAUGAGAAGAUUCACACGGGAGAGAAACCUUUUGUUUGCUCAGAGUGCGGGAAAUGUUUCAGCCGCCACUCGCAUCUGGUCAUCCAUCGACGGGUCCACACCGGAGAGAAAACCUUCUCCUGCUCUGAAUGCGGCAAAAGUUUCACCCAGUACUCCACCCUUAUUUCCCACCGUAGAAUCCACACAGGCGAGAAACCCUUUUCCUGCACAGAAUGCGGGAAAUGUUUUCCCCAGAAAAGAGACCUCAAUAAGCACAUGACUGUCCACACUGGCGUAAAGCCGUAUCCCUGUUCCGAAUGCGGGAAAAGCUUUGUGUUGAAGUAUGAACUCAGGAAGCACGUGAGAAUCCACACGGAAGAGAAGCACUUUGUAUGCACCGAGUGUGGGAAAUGCUUCAUUACCAAGUCCGAUCUGGUGCGGCAUCAGAGAAUUCACACCGGGGAGAAGCCCUUUGCCUGCUCGGAAUGUGGGAAGUGCUUCAGCCGACAUACGUACCUAGGGAUACACCAAAGGGUACACACCGGAGAGAAGCCCUUCGUGUGCUCCGACUGUGGGAAGUGUUUCAGUCAGCGGACGGCUCUCUCGGCGCACGGGCGGACUCAUUCUGGCGGUAGGCCGUUUGCUUGCUCUGAGUGUGGCAAAUGUUUCAGUAAGAAAUCUGAUCUUCUCAGACAUCAGAGGAUUCACACAGGCGAGAAGCCCUUUACCUGCCCGGAAUGUGGGAAGUGUUUUAGCCGACACACCUAUCUCAUGAUACACAAAAGGAUCCACACCGGGGAAAAGCCCUUUCUCUGCUCUGAGUGUGGAAAGCACUUCACCUAUAAAUCCCACCUAGUCCGCCAUCACAGAAUCCAUGCAGCUGAAGGAACCUCUCCUUCCUCUGAAUGAGGAACGUCCUGGCCACCAUCCUCUUUUCUCUUACGUCCUAGAGGAUGCUGGGGACUCCGUAAGGACCAUGGGGUAUAG